UUGCCUUCCAGCCUCAAAUCCCGUUUCCCCAUCCCAACAAUCCCCGCGAGGAGAACCAUGGCGCGGUACUCUCCACCGUCGCUGCGCCGCUUCUUCCGCUGCGCCGCCAGCUCCGCCUCUCGAGCCGGAGGCAGCGGCACUGGGAAGAAGAACCUUGUAUUCUUGGGCUCGCCGCAGGUGGCCGCCUCGGUCCUGGACAAGCUGCUGGGCGCGUCUGGCUCCCCGGAAUCCGCAUUUAAGGUGGCUGCCGUCGUGACGCAGCCGCCGGCCGCCAAGAACAGGGGGAGGAAGCUGUUGCCGUCGGCCGUCGCGCAGUUGGCGCUCGACCGCGGGUUCCCAGAGGAACUCAUCUUCACGCCAGAACGAGCCCGGGAGGAGUCGUUCCUGUCGGCCCUGAAGGAAGUGGAACCGGAUGUUUGCGUAACUGCUGCUUACGGGAACAUUCUGCCCCAGAAAUUUCUUGAUAUCCCAUCGUGCGGCACAGUUAAUAUACACCCAAGUUUGUUGCCUCUAUAUCGUGGUGCAGCUCCUGUGCAGAGGGCACUGCAGGAUGGUGUUGCAGAAACAGGUGUUUCCCUUGCAUAUACUGUUCGUGCAUUGGAUUCAGGUCCAGUGAUUGCGUGUGAAAGGUUUUCUGUUGAUGAAUGCAUUAAGGCACCAGAGCUACUUUCUAUCCUGUUUGAUUUAGGAUCCAAGCUAUUGAUUAAUGAACUGCCAUCGAUUCUUGAUGGUUCGGCUAAAGAAAAGGCACAACCACAGGAUGACUCCAAAGCUACACUAGCACCAAAGUUAAAUUCUGAGGAGUCAUGGCUAUCAUUUGACCAAGAAGCUAAAGUGCUCCAUAACAAGGUGCGGGCAUUUGCAGGAUGGCCUGGGACACGUGCAAAGCUGCAACUCGUAAACCAAAACAGUGUGCCUGAUGUGCUAGAGAUUAAGGUUAUCAGCACAAAGGUUUCAACAUCAUGUGUCAAAGCUGGAGAUGAAAAUGAGAUACUAUUCUCCGGGAGCUCGUUGCUGAUUCCUUGCAGUGGUUCAACCUGGCUUGAGGUUUUGGAGCUUCAACUCCCUGGAAAGAAAGUAACAAAGGCACAAGAUUUUUGGAAUGGUUUGCGUGGUCAGAAGCUGAUGAAAUUGCCAUAGGGAGAUAUCUGCAUUUGCAGCACAGCAAUGUGCCUAUAUGCACAGCAAGGGACGUCAGUCAUCCCGCGAACAUAUGCAGGGGAGCGCUAGAAGCCUAUAUGAUGAGACCUCAGUUUUACUAUCUUUUCCUUCUUCUGGUAAACUAUGUAUUGCUUCCUCAGUUUCAGAAGACAAACGAUUGGUUAAUUGUUUGCUGUAACCAUUUCAGUUGAAACAUUUUUUUCACUACUGUCAUUGCUAACUGAGCUACAAGCAUUUGAGAAUUAAUACAGUUGUCGGUGAGUAAUAAGGCAAUAAUUUGUCCUACCUU